AUGGCCUCCCCCGCUACCGACGCCACCUCGGCAGUUCCGCCGUCUGUGGUCUCGGCUGCUGAGCAGACGCUCGCCGCUGCCGAAUCUGUAGGGGACCAUCUCUCCCAUCUGCUCGCGGCGGCCGCGGCGGACCCCGACGCCGUGGCCGAGCUCCCGCCCCUGCUCCGGGCGCGCGCUUUCCUCGCCGUGGCGCAGGCCGCCACCUCACUCCUCGGAGGCACUGCACCUUCCACGCUUCUCCUUCUCGAAAGGUUAAGCUUAUGGCAGGAGAAGUUAAAUCAAUUUGAGGACUGGGACAAGGCACCACUUCGCCCUACUACUACAAUAAAUACACAAGCAGCAGCAAGGUUUAUUGGACACUCACUUUCCCAUCUGACAUCCGAUCAGAAGAGGAGCAUGCAGGAAAUAAGUAGAGGAGAAAGGCGGAGUUGGUCUGGGCAGAAGAGAAAGCCUGAGCCUUUACCAGAAAAGAAGUCUGUCCGUACUGCUGCAGAAGAGUUCCUUGCAAAGGCUGCUCAGGAACUUAUUGGGCAUAGUGAUAGCAGGGUCAAGGGUCCUGUUAUAGUCAUUCCUGAUGAAGAUGAGGACUAG